CUCUCAACGCAAUUAUUUGUACUCUGCAUACUAAUUAUUUGUAUAUCCUUGAUUUAUGUUUUUACAAUAAUCAUGUAGUGUAGGAAUUAAAGGAGGCCAAUUUACAAAUGCUAAGUUAAACGUAGAAGAAAUAUAAAUACGAUGACGACCAAGAGCCAACCUUUUCACAAAUAAAGUGAUAGUCAAGCUCAAUGUGACGAGUGUGAGCAAGAUUAAUUAGAUUAUCAACAAGAUAAGUAGUAAUGAGAUUGUCGCAAUGAAGCAGAACAUGUAAGGGUAGCCGAACACCCAGUUCAUGGAGGAGUAAAAAAAGCUAAGCAGUCUACGCACAAGCAUAAGCAAGAAAACGAUAUUCAAAUUCAGCACUAGAGCAAGAGCCGAUUGGUUGCUUCUUGGAAUGGGUUCAAAAAUAACACUAGUGAUGUAACUCAUAGCAUGUCGUUCUAGUUAAGUCAAGAGAGGAUGAUUGGGGUUAGAGACUCGAGGAGAUGUUUACAAUGUAUAGGGUUAGACAUAAUCCAUAUGCGGUUCCUAAAUUAAAUACAAUAAAAACUACUUGCACAAUAAAUCUUAAUAAAGAAUGAGAAUACAAAGACGAUGAUUAUACUCUAACACAUAGUCCAAUCGCCAUUUCCUCACAACGAAGGGAUAGUUGGUAUCGGCCAAUGUGUCGCCCAAAUCGCGGCUGUUGUCGCCGGAGUUGGAGCGGUUUUCGUCGGUCGUGACAAUGGAGUACAGUGGGAGAGGUAGAAAAAUGGAAAAUUAUGGAGGGAGGGCGAUGAGGGGUAAAAUGGGAAAUUCAAUGAGAAAGAUAUACGUAGAAACAAGUGUAGAUAGCAAAUUGGUAGGGUACAUAUAGAAAUACAAUUAUAGUAGGAUACAGAUUCCCAUAUCAGCGGAACAUUCAAAAGUAUAUCCAGGUAUAGUAAAAACCCACCAAUCUCUUAACCUUUUGAAAUCCCAGAAACCCAACAGAGAAAAUCAUGCCAGGAAAGAAUUCAAAAACAAGUGCUGUGGCUGAAGAAGCAGAAGAAGUUGCUGCAGCUUCACCAAGAAUAAAGCUUGCAGAUGGAAGGCAUCUGGCCUACAGAGAAAGUGGGGUCCCCAAGAACAAGGCAAACUACAAGAUCAUCAUGGUUCAUGGCUUUGGAAGCUCCAAGGAAAUGAGUUUCCUGGCUCCCCAAGAAUUGAUUGAUGAGUUGGGGAUAUAUUUCCUGCUCUACGACCGGGCAGGUUAUGGAGAAAGUGAUCCAAAUCCUAAGCGUUCGGUCAAGAGUGAAGCCCUUGACAUCGAACAACUAGCCGAUCGGUUAGAGCUAGGCUCGAAGUUUUAUGUCAUUGGAGUCUCAAUGGGAUCAUAUUCCACCUGGAGUUGCAUCAAACAUAUACCACACAGGCUCGCAGGUGUGGCCUUAGUAGUUCCAGUUGUCAAUUACCAAUGGCCUUCUCUUCCCAAGAAACUGAUAAAGGAUGAUUAUCGGAGAAGACUCAUCCAUUGGGGCCUCUUGUUUGCAGAAUUUGCCCCGGGACUACUGCGGUGGUGGGUAACUCAGAAGUGGCUCCCCUCAACGUCUGUCAUGGAAAGAAACCCAGUAUUCUUCAGCAGCAAAGACAUGGAUGUCCUCAAAAUAAUACCAGGCUUCCCAAUGCUGACUCAGGAGAAUCUACGGCAACGGGUGGUUUUCAAUACUCUGCAUCGUGACUUCAAAUUGGCAUUCACUCCUUGGGAUUUCGAUCCAAUGGAUCUCAGCAACCCAUUCCCACAAAACCAGCGGUCUGUUCACAUUUGGCAAGGUUACGAAGAUAAGGUUGUGCCGUUUCAACUUCAGAGAUUCGUUUCAAGUAAGCUGCCGUGGAUUCAGUAUCACGAAGUUCCCGAUGGCGGACAUUUGAUUGUGCAUUAUGCCGGUUUAAGUGAGGCGAUUCUGAGGGCGCUUUUGCUCGGAGAAGAACAUCCUCAUUACAAACCUAGUAUACCCAAACUUGUUUCAUAAGUGUGUCAAAUAUUAUUCUUAAAAUGUCCAAAAGUGUUGAUUGUGUAAAUGGUUAAUUCUUUUAAAGCAAGCAAUGUACAUUAGAUUUGUUGUUAUUCGAAGAA